CGCCGGAAGGCCCCAGUCUUGAGGACUAAUGGCGGACGCCUGCCGACUGGCGUUGUGGGUGGCUUAGGCCUUGAAAGGAUUCAGCAUCCAGCGGAUACUGACGCCAUCCUUCCUGCUGCAGGCUUGUUUUGACUUGAUACUAUUGGUGUAACCAAGGCCUGGAGUACUGGACAGCUCAGUUUUACUGCCACCAUGUUCCUGUACAAUUUAACCUUGCAGCGAGCUACUGGAAUCAGCUUUGCCAUUCAUGGCAACUUCUCUGGAACCAAACAACAGGAAAUUGUUGUUUCCCGUGGAAAGAUCUUGGAGCUUCUUCGUCCAGACCCCAACACUGGCAAAGUACAUACCCUUCUCACUGUGGAAGUGUUUGGUGUCAUACGAUCACUCAUGGCCUUUAGACUGACAGGUGGUACCAAAGACUACAUUGUAGUUGGCAGUGACUCAGGUCGGAUUGUUAUCUUGGAAUACCAGCCAUCCAAGAAUAUGUUUGAGAAAAUUCAUCAAGAAACUUUUGGCAAAAGUGGAUGCCGCCGCAUUGUUCCAGGCCAGUUCUUGGCUGUGGAUCCCAAAGGACGGGCUGUUAUGAUUAGUGCCAUUGAGAAACAGAAAUUGGUGUAUAUCUUGAACAGAGAUGCUGCAGCCCGACUUACCAUCUCAUCUCCCUUGGAGGCCCACAAAGCGAACACUUUAGUAUAUCAUGUAGUUGGAGUAGAUGUGGGAUUUGAAAACCCAAUGUUUGCUUGUCUGGAAAUGGAUUAUGAGGAAGCCGACAAUGAUCCAACAGGGGAAGCAGCAGCUAAUACCCAACAGACACUUACUUUCUAUGAGUUGGACCUUGGUUUAAAUCAUGUGGUCCGAAAAUAUAGUGAACCCCUGGAGGAACAUGGCAACUUUCUUAUUACAGUUCCAGGAGGGUCAGAUGGUCCAAGUGGAGUGCUGAUUUGCUCUGAAAAUUAUAUCACCUACAAGAACUUUGGUGACCAACCAGAUAUCCGAUGUCCAAUUCCCAGAAGACGGAAUGACCUGGAUGACCCUGAAAGAGGAAUGAUUUUUGUCUGCUCCGCUACCCAUAAGACCAAGUCGAUGUUUUUCUUUUUGGCACAAACUGAGCAGGGAGAUAUCUUCAAAAUCACUUUGGAGACAGAUGAAGAUAUGGUAACUGAGAUACGGCUGAAAUACUUUGAUACUGUGCCUGUUGCAGCUGCCAUGUGUGUGCUUAAAACAGGUUUCCUUUUUGUGGCAUCAGAAUUUGGAAACCAUUACUUAUAUCAAAUUGCACAUCUUGGAGAUGAUGAUGAAGAACCUGAAUUUUCAUCUGCUAUGCCUCUGGAAGAAGGUGACACGUUCUUUUUUCAGCCAAGACCUCUCAAAAAUCUUGUUCUGGUAGAUGAAUUGGACAGCCUCUCUCCUAUUCUGUUUUGCCAGAUAGCUGAUCUGGCCAAUGAAGACACUCCACAGCUGUAUGUUGCUUGUGGCAGGGGACCCCGGUCAUCUCUGAGAGUCUUAAGGCAUGGACUUGAGGUGUCAGAAAUGGCUGUUUCUGAGCUACCCGGUAACCCCAAUGCUGUCUGGACAGUACGUCGGCACAUUGAAGAUGAAUUUGAUGCCUACAUUAUUGUUUCUUUCGUGAAUGCCACCCUUGUACUUUCUAUUGGAGAGACUGUGGAAGAAGUGACUGACUCUGGGUUCCUGGGCACCACCCCAACUUUGUCUUGCUCCUUGUUAGGAGAUGAUGCCUUGGUGCAGGUGUAUCCAGAUGGCAUUCGGCACAUACGAGCAGACAAGAGAGUCAAUGAGUGGAAGACUCCUGGGAAGAAAACCAUUGUGAAAUGUGCAGUGAACCAGCGACAAGUGGUGAUCGCUCUGACAGGAGGAGAGCUGGUCUAUUUUGAGAUGGAUCCCUCAGGACAGUUGAAUGAGUACACAGAGCGGAAGGAGAUGUCAGCAGAUGUGGUGUGCAUGAGUCUGGCCAAUGUGCCUCCUGGAGAGCAGCGGUCUCGCUUCCUGGCUGUGGGUCUGGUGGACAACACUGUCAGAAUCAUCUCCCUGGAUCCUUCAGACUGUUUGCAGCCUCUGAGCAUGCAGGCUCUCCCAGCCCAACCUGAGUCCUUGUGUAUCGUGGAAAUGGGUGGAACCGAGAAGCAGGAUGAACUGGGUGAAAGAGGUUCCAUUGGUUUCUUGUAUCUGAACAUUGGGCUGCAGAACGGUGUGCUGCUGAGAACUGUCCUAGAUCCUGUCACUGGGGACUUGUCUGACACCCGCACUAGGUACCUAGGAUCUCGUCCUGUGAAGCUCUUCCGGGUCCGAAUGCAAGGACAGGAGGCAGUAUUGGCUAUGUCAAGCCGUUCAUGGUUGAGCUAUUCAUAUCAAUCUCGCUUUCAUCUUACACCCCUGUCUUACGAGACCUUGGAGUUUGCAUCUGGCUUUGCCUCUGAACAAUGUCCUGAAGGCAUUGUAGCCAUUUCUACCAAUACCUUGAGGAUUUUGGCAUUGGAGAAGCUAGGUGCUGUCUUCAAUCAAGUGGCCUUCCCGUUGCAGUACACACCCAGGAAAUUUGUCAUCCAUCCUGAAAGUAACAACCUCAUAAUCAUUGAGACAGACCACAAUGCCUAUACUGAGGCCACAAAAGCUCAGAGAAAGCAGCAGAUGGCAGAGGAAAUGGUGGAAGCAGCAGGGGAAGAUGAGAGGGAGCUGGCUGCAGAGAUGGCAGCAGCAUUUCUCAAUGAAAACCUUCCUGAGUCCAUUUUUGGAGCUCCCAAGGCUGGCAAUGGGCAGUGGGCCUCUGUGAUCCGAGUGAUGAAUCCUAUUCAGGGGAACACACUGGACCUUGUUCAGCUGGAGCAAAAUGAGGCCGCUUUUAGUGUGGCUGUGUGCAGGUUCUCCAACACUGGUGAAGACUGGUAUGUGCUGGUGGGCGUGGCCAAGGACCUGAUUCUGAAUCCUCGAUCUGUGGCAGGGGGCUUUGUGUAUACAUACAAGCUUGUGAACAAUGGGGAAAAACUAGAGUUUUUGCAUAAGACGCCAGUGGAGGAAGUGCCUGCUGCCAUCGCCCCAUUCCAGGGAAGAGUGCUGAUUGGUGUGGGAAAGCUUCUGCGAGUCUAUGACCUGGGGAAGAAGAAACUACUCCGAAAGUGUGAGAAUAAGCAUAUUGCUAAUUACAUAUCUGGGAUCCAGACUAUUGGACACAGGGUAAUUGUGUCUGAUGUCCAAGAAAGUUUCAUCUGGGUUCGUUACAAACGUAAUGAAAACCAGCUCAUUAUCUUUGCUGAUGACACCUACCCCCGCUGGGUCACUACAGCUAGUCUCCUCGACUAUGACACUGUGGCUGGGGCAGACAAGUUUGGCAACAUUUGUGUGGUGAGGCUUCCACCUAACACCAAUGAUGAAGUCGAUGAAGAUCCCACAGGAAACAAAGCCCUGUGGGACCGGGGCUUGCUCAAUGGUGCCUCACAGAAGGCAGAGGUGAUCAUGAACUACCAUGUUGGGGAGACUGUGCUGUCACUACAGAAGACCACUUUGAUCCCAGGAGGCUCAGAAUCGCUCGUUUAUACCACCUUAUCAGGUGGAAUUGGCAUCCUGGUCCCAUUCACGUCCCAUGAGGACCAUGACUUCUUUCAACAUGUAGAAAUGCACCUUCGGUCUGAGCAUCCUCCUCUUUGUGGGCGGGAUCACCUCAGUUUUCGCUCCUAUUACUUCCCUGUUAAGAAUGUGAUUGAUGGAGACCUCUGUGAGCAGUUCAACUCCAUGGAGCCAAAUAAGCAAAAGAAUGUCUCUGAAGAACUGGACCGAACCCCUCCAGAAGUGUCCAAGAAGCUGGAGGAUAUCCGGACCCGUUACGCUUUCUGAGCCUUCCUUUACCUAUGGGCCUCACCAGAGGCUCUGGUUUAUUUUUUUCACCAUUAUCACCACCUGAUUUCUGCCAUAUAACAGGAGAAAUGUGACUGGAUAAUUAAGACUGCAAUAUUAAAGCCAAUAGCUCUUUCUCCCCAACUCUUCCCUUGGAGUGACUCGUUCCCCCAAAACUGGCACUGAGGUGUGCUCGUUUUUUUUUUUUUUUUUUUUUUUUAGCCUACUACAUAACACAUUGCCACGGGCUCUAGUGUACAAUAUGCAUGUUGCUGCAUUUGUAUCUGUGGCCCUUGUCUACUUUUGUAUACACCCUUAAAUUUUAACUGGUUUUUCCUGUAAAUAAAGUUUUGUACAAUGUUCCUUUGUGGGAGGUGGGGAGGCAAGCGAUAGAGGGGCCAGGUCCGAUGCAUUGUGACUCCUGAAUUCUGCCACUCUUAACCUACCCAAAAUUACAAAUCGUUUUUAAGUGGUCAA